ACCAGGGGCUAAUGGUCAAACAGGAGAAAUCGUUGUAUAUUAUGGAAGCAACAACUGUUCAACGAUGAGAUAUCAGCGAAUCAGCCCAUCAUCGUUUGGAAUCCAGCUUCAAUACUUCGGUUAUUCCAUUGCCUCUGUUGACGACGCUAACUUCAGCAAGAACCCGAUCAUUAUAGCAAGUUCUCCAAAAUCUCAACAGAUUGCUGUAAUCAAAGCUAGGCCAGUAAUUGAAUUGUUGGUCGACUUGACCAUCAAUUCUCAACAUGGUUCCUCAAUUGACGUCAUACAAUGCGCCAAAGACCAGACAAACAAGAUACCUUGCGGAAAAGCGGUUGUUUGUUUUCAAGUUAACUGGAAAAACGUGGGCCAACAGACGAACAACGGAAUUGUUGAUCUAUCAUUCGAUAUUACGUUGGAUAGCGACUUUAAAGAGUUAUCGGAAAAACGUAUGGUUUUUGAGAGAAACGAAACAAGCUUUGUGAUUGCUGAAAGCAACCAUCCUAGUCAAACAAGAAAAACAUGUAAUGAAUACAAAAUAAUACUUCAACCUAAUAUUCUAAUUGCUGUGGACACCGUUGAUUUCAGUCAACAGAUGCAUGCAACUUUGACUACUAAACUUUCUGAACGUGUUCAAAGGGAAAUUAUGUCUCCGGUUAUGGCUGUUGAGCAAAUCACUGUCAAGAAGGAAAUGCUAUUGACCAAAGGAUGUACAACUAAUGGAAGCUGUUUAUAUGAUCUUUCAUUGAGUGCAGAUAUUCCAGAAGAUGAUCCGUUCCUAAUAAAUGAUGCAAGUGAAGUGAUGGACAUCAACAUUACAGUUGUAAACAAUGGAGAUUCUGCAUUUUUCACAAAGUUGCAAGUUGAUAUGUGGAAUAUCGUUAUUGUGCAUGUCAAAAGCGAAUGUGCAUUUUUGGAAACUGAUCGGCAAACUAUUUCAUACAGGGAUAAAAUAUUCGGAUCCCUUCAUAUGACUGGACAAUCGUGUCAACUUGGAAUCAGAUUCAGCGUCAUACCACUCGCAAAAUUUGCUAAUGAAACAGAAAUGAAGAUAAACAUUACGGCAUUCUCUCUAUUAAGUAAGGAUACAAAAGCUAAAGACGUUACACCAUCAAACAACAUCAUAGUGAUAAAUAAAAACGUCGUUUACAGGAGUUCGUUUACCGUGAAUGGACUAUCUAUCCCGGAUGCUAUGCAGUACUGGAGAAACAUCACCAACAUGACAUCGGCAUCUUCAUUGUCACAAAAAGGAGUUUUUGCUGGUGAAGAUGGGAACAUUGAAAAUUCAUAUAAGAUACGGAAUACCGGACCUUUCACUGUUACGACUACUAACAUGACCUUUACAUGGCCUGCAUUUACAGCAACUGAAAACUUACCCCUGCUAUAUCUGUACUCUUUUACAUGCAAGCCUGAAUCUUUGUGCACCUGCAGUCGGAGCGACCAAUGCGAUUUCAUAAAUCCACAUAAACAUCCCUACAAUAACUUGACUGUACAGGAAUUACAUAACGUCACUCAUUGUCCAGCGAAGCGGAACUUCACUAUUUACAGUUCAGAGUUCAAUAUUACACAACCGGAAAGCUUUUACGUAAUAAAGAAUGACAUGAUGUGUGAUAAACCCAAUAGCAUUUUCAAAUGCAACGAAAUAUCUUGUCACGUGAACAACAUCAAGCCUAAUCAAGUUGUUGAGAUUAAUGGCAGAUUCAAAUUCUGGAUUCCGACGUUCAGGUUCAAAGAGAACGACGAAGACACCAAAGUAUACAUUGGAAGCAGCCUCACAUUUAACCCGACCAAGUCACCUGUUUUUCCCUCGACGAUUUACAAAGAGUCGGCAAUAACUACGACUCAACAAUACCUGAAAACUAGAGUUACACCUAAACCACCGGAGCAAAAAGUGAACUUGGUGACAGUUCUGAUAGCAAUGUUUGUUGGUUUAGCUAUUGUUGGACUAUGUACUUUGAUUUGUUGGAAAUGUGGGUUUUUCGAAAGUCGUUACAAAGACAUGAAAGAAGCUGUUCUGGAGGAAGAAGAAGAAGAAUUGUUCAUGAGUUUAGCUUCUGAUACACAAAAACAAUCUAAAAAGAAUGGAAAAGAGAAACAGGAACGAGGAGAAAGUUCCAUAAAAGUUAGAUUUAUGGGGAAAAGAGGAGAUGGGGAUGCUUCGUCCGUUAUAGACGCUGCUGAAGAAUUUGUGCGUGCCACGUCUUCGCCAUCUUCCGCGAAGAAGCUCUCCAUACCUAAAGACGAUCUUUAUCUUGAAAUGACACCAAUGCGAAAUUACAGAGCACAGAAAAGGGUGUUUCAAGCAAACGUAAACGAUAUGCUGGAUACUGAACCUACCCCACAAGGUACGCCGUCACCUAGAAAGUUGCGAAAAGUCAUGUGGUCAUUUAAAGAACCAUCUCGUUCUACUUACCCCCGCGUGACUCCCAAAGGAGGGCGAACCCCGGAUAACGAAGAUAGUUAUGAAGUUUUUUCGCCGCAGUUUGAUGCAACCGCUCAUGCAAUAGUACCAGCUAUCAACUUAGAUGCCGGAGAAGUGACGGUACGGCGAUCUGCGACAACCAAACCCGUUGCCAGAUCGUCUUCUCAUAAAGCUUUUGAAAAACAAAGCGAAGCGAAUUACACUAGGUUUGAUAACGAUGAAAAUGUGGCAACGGCAUUUCCAUUUCCAGAUUAUUCCUACAUUUGUAAAGAAGAAGAAGAUGGUGGAAAAAUGAGGAAGACAACCAUGACGAUAAAGGAUCAGAAAAAACAAAGAGUAGAUUCUACCAGGUUUUGAAGAAUGAAAGAUGGCCGUAUAUUCACUCAAGAGAAACUAAUAUAUAUCACAAAACUCUAUGUUAAUAGAGUUAUUGCAAGCUGCGAUACUCGCAAAUUUUUUUUUUUACCUAUUCAUUUUGUAUAUCAUUUGUUCUCGCUGUAAUACAUAUGACUAGUUUUGGACCGUUGUGCUACAAGCAUCAACUGUCCAAUUAGUAAUUAUUGUCAUUAUUACAUUGAGCCAACUUUUAAUUUGACUACAAUUACAUAGGAUACUUGAGAUAUUGUAGAUAUUUUGUUUUUCCGCAA